AUGAAGGACAAAUCGCCAACAUCGUCAGCAUCUACUUCGACAUCCCCGAUGACUAGCUCUGACGCGUCAAAGAACAUAGUCUGCGUGAAUCUGCGAGCCCUCCUGGUGAUCGUACCGAAGGCGGACAGGCUGAUUGUCCUUGACGGCUUUAAUGCCCGCAUCGGAACAGACUACGCUGCAUGGACAGGAGUGCUGGGUCCCGCUGUCAGCAACGACAAUGACCUUCUCUUUCUGCGCAUUUGUGAAGAACAUCACCUCCUCCAGACCAACAAUUUCUUCCGCCCUCCGACGUGGGAGAAGGCAACCUGUAUGCUCCCCCGAGCUCAACACUGGCACUUGCUGGACUCUGUCCCCGUCCGGAAGUGA